AUGUUCCUCGAAUGGUCCGGAGAUCCAAGCUGGCGGAACAAAGUUUAUGAGGUGAAUCGUCUCCUACAUGGUCUAGUUCGUCAGAAGAAUCGAAUACUCGCAACACCAAGCACAAGGAUAUUUGAGAUUAUCAGCAUCGAGUUUCAAAGACCUCAUUUCAAGCUUAUAGCUAAGUGGAAAGGUUUCGAGUAUGUGAUGCAUUUGGCGAAUUCACGAGCGGAUCCAACUGCUGUGAUUGAGAAGCUUAAGGAGAUAAUGAAGAGCCGUGGAUGCUGA